CUGGAUCACCAUGGGGGUUGCGCGGCGGAGCUUGAUGAGCCUCAAAGCCGGGACUUGCACCGCCUCGCCAGGGAAGCCAACUUGACAAAAGACCGUCGACAAGUCGUGACGGGACUGACUCGUGGCGACAAAUGUUGAUUUGUUUACUGUCUUCGAAGCAGCAGUAGGCGGGAAGGAGCGUUCAGGUGAGCGGAAGAAAGGAGUUGGGAAGGUGGGGCUUGGAGGCUCCUCCUUGUUAUUUGUUCACUUGUUGAUGCAACAGCUAUCGGUCAUUGUGCGUAAUUUGGAUCCUCUGGAGGGGAGUUACGAUCAAAUGUAUCCAAUGGCGCCGAUGCUUGACUCCCGGUGACACUCGUGGACCUCCCGCUGCCCGCAUGGGGAAUCAGGUGGAGCGGCUGUCGCAUUUAACUUACGCAGAAGUUCCCACCGCAGAUCCGCACGGCGUGGACCGAGAGGAGGGGCCUCGUAUCGGUGUUUCCUACAUUUUCUCCGGCGAUGAGGACGCCGACGAGCCCGAGGAAAGCGGCGCCCACGACGGCACCCAGCGAGACCCGGACCCCGAUGCGGAGGAAGAGCAGCUGAAGGCGGGCGAGGAGGUGGAGUGCGCUGUCUACCGAUUGGAUGAGUGCCUGUACGACAAGAGCCGAAAGUCGGCCAGCCUGGAGCUGUACUCCCCGGAGAACCUGCUCAACAAGUGCCUCCCCGGAGACCUGGUGGAGUUCGUCGCCAGCGACCAGUACCCCCACUGGGCGGUGUACGUGGGCGACUUUCAGGUAGUCCACCUGCACCGAGCCGAAGUGAAGAGCUCCUUCCUGACGGACGCCAGCCGAGGCAGGCGCUGCCGCGUCGUCAACGACCUGUACAAAUUCAAAGCCCGAAGCCCGGAGGCAGUGGUACGGAGCGCCGUGGAGCAGGUGGGCCUCAAGGACCGGCAGCUCACCUGGAGGAACUCCGAGAGCUUCGCCGCCUGGUGCCGCUUCGGCCGCAGGGAGUUCAAGAUGGGCGGCGAGCUGCGCAUCGGCAGGCAGCCGUACACACUGCAUGUCCUGCUGGGCGACAAACACUCGCACGCCUUGGAGUUCCAGAGCCUGGAGGACGUCAUCAUGGAGAAGAGACGCGGCGACCAGCUGGGAAGAACCGCUCUGCUGCGGGAGCUGGCUUCACACUUGAGCAGCGUGCAUGACACCAGAACACUGGUGAACACUGACCACUGAUUCCGACUUCUGAUACCGACCUGUGAUGUGAUACCAACCGCUGAUACGGACCAUUGACCUCUGAUACUGACCACUGAUACCGACCGCUGACCUGACACCGACUUGUGAUGUGAUACCGACCAAUACUGACAACUGAUAUUUACCUGUGAUGUGAUAUGGACCACUGACACAGACAACUGACCUGAUACCGACUUGUGAUGUGAUACUGACCAAUACUGACCACUGAUAUCGACCUGUGAUGUCAUACCAACCACUGAUACGGAUCACUGACUGUUGAUCUCUGAUAUCAACGUGAUACCGGCCACAGAUGGUCACUGUCACGUUAACUUUGACGUCUUCUUUUAUUGCCUUAAUAAGUUUCGGGGAGAAAAAGUACUUUAAAGUGUGGGACCUUGUUGCUGGCAAAAUGAACGUCAAACAUUGUUGUCAGAUUUGUCCACACAAAUGUUUGAUAUGUUCCAUCUAUCCAUCUUCUACCGCUUAUCCGAGGUGGGGUCGCGGGGGCAGCAGCCUAAGCAGGGAAGCCCACACUUCCCUUUCUGGCGUUCCCAGGCCAGUUGAGAGACAUCGUCUCCCCAACGUGUCUUGGGUCUUCCCCGAGGUCUCCUUCUGGUCGGACAUGGCCUGAACACCUCCCCAGGGAGGCAUCCUUACCAGAUGCCUGAGCCACCUCAUCUGGCUACUUUCAAUGCGGUUCUACUCCGAGCUUCUCCCGUUGAAAAAGCAAUAAAAUGAAGUUAACGUUUGUCUUUCAGUGCAAUUGUGUGGAGAAGUCUGUCAUAGAAACAUGUAAGGAAAAUCAACUUUUGCAAUUUUCUAUGUGAGAAAGUCAAAUAGUGAUUUUGAAUCUGCCAGGGUGCUGGAAAAGUUUGAAAAAGUGCUUGAGUGUUUCAAGCAGAUGUGGAAGUGACAUGGACCUCCUGUUAGUCUGAUGUGAUCAACACAGAAUAAUCAAUUGGUUGAAUCGUCAUUUCACGAUAGAUGCUGGAGAAGCCUGGAAAUCGGGCUUAGAAGUGCUUGAAUGUUGGAUAAAGUGCUUGAAAAGCGCUUCCAAUGGUUACUAAGUGGCUCAACUUGACAUAUUUUGAAAGCUAACACUGCUGUUACCAAAUUGUGCUUGUUUUGUAGCAUAACACCUCCUCUUUGAAUGUGGUACAGUCAAAUGAUUGCUCUGAGCUUGCAUUUAUUCACAUGACCUGUAAUUCUAUGCUGGACAAGUGAUGGCGAAAAGUGCUGGAUGUUUUUCCCAGACAAGGUUGUAUGCUACUGGACAAGAGAUGCAUUGUGGUUUUGCCGUGCUAACUUGUUUGGAGCGUCAUAUUUAAAGUCAGUAGUCUUGAUGAGCGGUACAUCAUUUGUAAUGUAACAGCUGCAAGACGGUGGAAAAGCUUUGGAACUGCUUGGGAAAGAAAGCUUAAAGCUCCAAUCAUCUCCCAUGCCUGGAGGUAGGCCUGAGCGACUGUGGAUGAAUGAAUUGUGGCGGUGUGUGUUUUUGCACGACUGACAUGCACACACUGCAGGGUGUUGAUAAGGACGUUUGUCAUCCUUUGUGCCCACAAGUUGUAGUACAAUGUUUAAAAUGAAGUCUUUUUGUUGUUGUUACGUUUGUGUAAUCAUGUUUUUUUUUGUUAUAAAGCUUCUCAAUCACUGAUGGGAGUAGUGUUGUUUUGUUUUUUGUAGGUGGGGUCCUCACUGAUGAGUGACUGAAAAGUAAUAUCACUUGAUGAAGAAUCUUUUUAAAAAUUAUUUCUAUGACAGAAAAACUUGAAUUGAAGCUCUGCAACAUUUUUUAUAAAUAUAUUUGAACUGUUUUAAAAACGGCCAACAUGUAUGUAUUGUAUCAGAUGUAAACAUUUUUUAGUUGUUCAACUACUUUUAAAAAUCCCUGCAGUGUUAAAUGUCAACUUCAAGCUGUGACUUAACUUUUUUUUUUGUGGCCCUGCUUGACUUUGAAGAGCGUUGCCAUGGUAACCAGUGAUGCCUAAUGGGGCCCACAGAGGACAAAGCACUUUUUUUAUUGUUUGGACUCAUGUGACCACAAUAAUGCGCUUGGUGGAGAAGAACCUCGACCUUGGCGGAGCUGCAAACACACGCUGAGGGAGGGCACGCCGGCUUACAAAAGUGUUGGGACACGCACCGCUUCGGCACUUCUCAUCAAUCAAUUGCUUUACAAUUCAUGUUUGGAGCGUUCACAUCAAAUUAACAUUCAAGAAAAGACCAUUAAAAUUAGUGUCAAAAUAAAGUAGCCCUUUGUUUUUUAAACAAAAUGAUAAAUACAAUACAAAUUAGCAGUACUAUUUCCAUUGUGUUUUUCAUUCUAACGUAAUUAUCACAUUGCUUCUUGAUUGGCUGGCAGAAGUCACAUGGCUGCACUAUUGUGUGUUUUAACGCUUCAGUGGAGUUUGCAUGCUCGUGUUGUGUGUUUAUUUGUAUUGUGUGAUGUUUGGACCCCGAGGUUGACUCGGCACUAGCGUGUCGCUAGCACAUGUUGAUGCUGUGACUCGGAGUUGACGUUAAAGUCCACUUGAAUUGAACCCAGGUCCAAAUAGUGACUAUUAGCCCGAGACCUGUCUAGGAGAGCAGAGCUUGAAUUAAAAAGAACUUUGUGAGUUCUCUGUGACGUUUCUACCAUGCAAACUUUAAUAACAAGAUAGUCCACGGGCAGCGGACCCUCGCCAAGAAAAGUAAUUAAAGUCAUCGACCCGACCCCCCCAACACCCGAAGCUUUUAUUCACAAGCCCCCUGAAUACUUUCACCGCUGCUAUGCUACGUGGCUGCAUGAUUUACUGUUCUCUUCAUCCUUUAAAUUCUUAACUUUAUUGCUUUCCACCUCAUUUUUUCCUAAUUACCUUCAUCUAUGACUUAAAGUCAUUAUGGCCUAAAAGUUAGCUGUGUAUGCUAACAAGCUGGACUAAUGCGCAUGCUAACUAACACUCGUGUAAAUGUUACUUUUUUUACCACCCAUGCUUCUAACCUGCAUGGUUUUCUGUGAACGCAUAAUUUAGUGUUUUACAGUGAAUUUGGAUGUAUUUUGUGACAUGUUUGCUUGUUGUCCAGUGUAUUUUGUUGGUGUAUGUGAACCAGCAAUGCGAUGUUACCGUCAAAUGCCAACUUGCCGCAAUGCAAUGUGUCCUAGCAGGCAAGAUGGCUGCUCCAAUGUUUCUUAAAGUCUAGAACAUAGUUUAAAAAAUCAUUUCAAAUCCACUAAAAUAAACAUUUCCAGCAUUUUAGCCACAUGGGUAAACGUAGACAGGUUUAACUUUGUGUUAGGAUCUGUUUGUUUUUUUUGUGUGUGUGUGUGUGUGUGAGAUAGCUAGCAAUGCUACAUUUCCCUCAAAUGCUUACUUCCCACAAUGCAAUGCGUGCCAGCAGGCAAGAUGGCUGCUCCAUCCAUUCAUCUGUUUUCUAUGCCGCUUCUCCUCAUUAGGGUUGCAGGGGUAUGCUGGAGCCUAUCCCAGCUGACUUUGGCGACAGGCGGGGUACACCCUGGACUGGUCGCCAGCCAAUCACAGGGCACAUACACUGUAUAAACAAACCCAAUGUUUCUUAAAGGCUAGAAAAAAUGACAGUUGAGGAAAAAAAAAGAAAUUAUACUUUAUUAAUCAGGUAAAAUGAAAUUUUUUUUUAGCCACAUCUGUAAAGUUAGAAAGGUUUAACUUUGUGUUAGGACCUGUUUGUUUUGUACCUGAACUACUGUAGCUAGCAAUGCUACGUUGCCCUCAAAUGCUAACUUCCCACAAUGCCUCAAGUGCCAGCAAGCAAGAUGGCUGCCUCCAUGCUUGUAGUUGGCUUGGUUUGUUGUUUUUUCCCCCACAAUUUCCAAUUUCCAUCAGUGCCAGCACUUCUGGCCACAUUUGUAAACAAAGAAAUGUUUCACCUUUUGUGUAGCACGACAAGCUAUACUUGAGUGUUUUGUAGAGUGUGGUAAAUCUCCCUCACACUGUGUUCUUUGAUUAAAUCUGAGCUAAUCUCUACUUCAUGAGCUGUUUUACAUCUCGAGGAUUACUGAAGGAAUCUGCUGAUUAGCCAGUUUUAUUAGACGUUUGGAUUUAAGCGGAUCUUUUCAUGUCUUUAUGAAUGGCAGCAAGUUUCCUGUUUAGGAAAGAAAGGCUUGAAAGCUCUGGUGUGCUGAUCCAGAGUGCCUGUGACAGAUGACGUCUAUAAAAAUGAAAUUAAGCUAAGUAUACGUACAAUUAGAGAGCAUGUCGAAAUAAUAGUGUAUGUUUGGGUUCAGGUGUUGUCAUGUGCAGCCGGCAGGUGGCGUUUCAAUAUAAAGUACAAUACACACACAUACAAGCAGGGAGUGGGCUUUUCAGCCUGGUUUUGUUAGGAUUAAAUGGCUUGAAUGGCCACCCGGCUGCAGUCACUGUCAUGGCAACGCAAUGAAUACAAGCUGGCGGUCACGCAGAGAGUCAAUAGUUGCUAAUUAGGAAUUAGCAGGAAUAGUUUGUUUGUAUUUGCAGUGGUACCUUGGUUCCAUUUUUUUUUUUUUACGGCGCCAUCUUGGCUCACACACCUAAGAUGAAACCUCACAUACUUGCAUGUGAUUGUGCAAGUAUUUUUUUUUCAUUUUCUACAUUACAUUUAUUUUUAUUGGCAUAUUUAUUGGUUCCAGAAUGUUUUUAGUUUGAUAUAAAUAUAUUUUACGUUUUUGCUAAUUGUGGUUGUAGCAGAAUAAUGUUUAUUUAUCAAUGUUCAAUUGGUGGUUUUGUGGGGUUUUUCUCCAACAAAACUAGGUAAAAGUGAUCUUAAAUGUUAAAUGUCCGUUCAUUUGUACAUUUUCUGCACAAAAAACUAUAAUUACUGUCUAUAAAAUGUGUUUUAUGUUAACAUUUUUGGGUUUCUGGAACGGAUUAAUUGAAUUGACAUUUUCUAUGUGAAAAUUUGCUUUGGUUAGAGUACGCUUUGGUUUGAGUUGGACCUUCUGGAAGGGAUUUGUGACGUUAACCAAGGCGCCCCUGUAAUUGAAGAAGGCAUGCAUGAAAAACUGGGAAAUAAACUAAAUGUCAUGUUCUGUGUUCUGCUCUGCUGCCCUCUGUCGUUUAUUUGUUGCAGCACAUCCCUGAACAUGACCCAGCCCUAAUUACACACACCUGCAGCUCAUUACCACCGGCCUACUUAAGCUCCAGCCAAACUCCAGACCGGUGCCAGAUUGUACUCCUUGACUCCUUGACAACCUGCUCCCUGUACCUGCUCCUUACCCUGCUCUCUGGCUCCCCGCUUACCUGUACCUACCUGCUAGCCCUUUGUGUGAUCUUCUCCUGUAAGGUUUGCCUGCAGUGUAUUUUUUGUUAUUUCUAGUUUUAUCCUAACAGCCUUUUGCUGUUAGUGUUUUUUGUUAUGGACUCUUACCUUGUUGGAUUUUCCUUAGUUGUACUUUGUAUUUUUGCUUUGGACUCUUUUGUAUAUUAAAUUGUUCUUUUGUACUUUCUGCCUCCCUUGU